UUUUUCACAAUUACCGUGCUCCCUGUACAUUGCUGUUAAAAAAAACAGGUUGUAGCCUAGGUGGUCUGCAGAGCAAUUGUAGUUAAUGUAAUCUUUAAAGAAUAUAGGCCACAUGGACCUUUUGAUAUAUUUGGUGUUGUGCGCUCUGUGUGCAGUUUCCAAUGCAGCCAAAAAAGGCGAGGAUGGCGAAUGGGUGAAUCUCCCAAAUAAAUGUGAAGUAUGUAAAUUUGUAAGCAUCGAAAUGAAGUCUGCAUUUGACGAAACUGGGAAGACAAAAGAAGUGAUCGACACCAACUACCGCUUCAUAGACGGCAAGGGGUCCGCUCCAAUCAAAUAUGUGAAAUCCGACAUACGCUUCAUCGAAGUGGUGGAGAAUGUGUGCAAGAGGCUACUGGAGUAUAAUCUGCACAAGGAGAGGACAGGAAGCAACCGCUUUGCCAAGGGCAUGUCCGAGACCUUCUCCACGCUGCAUAACCUGGUGCACAAGGGUGUGAAGGUGGUGAUGGACAUUCCUUACGAGCUGUGGAAUGAGACCAGUGCCGAGGUCGCUGACCUCAAGAAACAGUGUGAUGUGAUGAUAGAGAAAUAUGAGGAGGUCAUUGAAGACUGGUAUAAGGGAACUCAGGAGGAAGAUCUCACCACUUACCUCUGUGAGAAACACGUUUUGAAGGGACAGGAUCAAGCUUGUCUGAAUGAACAGUGGAAAAAGAAGGGAGACUCUGCUGCCUUGCCAGAGAAGAAGAAGAAAAAGAAGAAGAAGGGCAAGAGCAAGGACAGCGAGGAUGGACAGAGCAAGAAGAAGGUGAAGAAGAAAAAGAAGUCUGUGACAGAGCAGGGGAAGGGCAAAGGGAAGAGCAGUGCUGGCAAGGACGGCUCUGUGGACGAGAAGAUCCAGAAGAAGAAGAAUCUGCACGGCGAGAAGACGGAACUCUGAAGAAUGGAGCCGAGGGAGAGGGGGGAAGGUGGUAGAUGUGACACCAUGUCUGUAACCAUAUCCUGACUAGGGUACCAUGCAUUGCUGGUGUUGUACGUCCGCGUGCAUUUGUGUGUGUAUGCACAUGUGUGUAUGCGUACGUAUGCGUGUGUGUGUGAGUGUGUGUGUAUAUCAGGGGGAGGGAUAGCAGUGUGAAGUAUAAUUCAGACAUGCCAUGGUCCCUCCCUCACUCACUGGCCGGACAGUCCCCGGGAGAGCCAGUCCUCUGCCCUCCAUGCCACACUGACUCUUUUCCAUGCCACACUGACUCUUUUCCAUGCCAUGCCACACUGACUCUUUUCCAUGCCACACUGACUCUUUUCCAUGCCACACUGACUUUCUAUGUUUGUAUGUUUGUGUGAAAACACUGCUUCACAAAUCUUUAUUCAAUCCACUGAGCCUUUGUUUCAAUGUAUGUGUCCUUUACAUUUCCUGUUCUCUCUCUCUCUUUCUCUCUUUUUCUCUCUCUCUUUUCUGUCUCAUUCUACCUCCAUUCCCACAAUCAUUCCUACCCUUCUGCAUUGUUACAGGAGGGAGAUGAGGUCUAAAUAUAACUCUGAUUAAACAGCAUGAGAGGCACCUCGCAGGAGCCGUCUCCUAAAGCUGGCCGCUAUGUCAGGGGCUCAUCAGGCUGCAGAUGAAAAACGCCACGGUUAUGAGAGUGGUGAUUGGUCAGUGUUGUGCUGACAGAGGCCUUUCCAGUGCUUAGUGUGUGUGUUCAUUUGUGUUACUCCUGAAAUGUCCUUUUUCAUGACAGAUUAUGAGAAUUUUAGUCAUGGGCUGUUUGGGUAGACCACAGUUGAGGGGCAUUUUAUCAUCUUUAAAAUGAGAUUAUAUUGAAAUUGUUUUCCUUAGUUACUUCCCAAUUGCUCUGUUUCUUUUAGCAUGUUCUUUUAAGUAUACUGUAGCCUGUAACUAACAUCAUUUCAACUUGUCUCCAUGACAUACCCAUUGAGUUUUAUUAACCUUAAGCUGUUUGCCUACUUUCAGUAUGUGUAGUGGGUUACUGUUCAGGACACCAUUGGGAAAUGUGGACUGAGCUGUUGGAUUUGAAAUGAAAAUCUGGUUAUAAUCUCCAGCUCAGGGUGCUUGGCAACCUCUGUGAAGUGAAGGACUGUGCAACCUGAUUAUAGUAUUUUUAGUAGCAUUAUUAUUAUUAAGUAAGAAGCCAUUCCAGUACAUUAUGAGGUCAAGUGCAUUCCAAUGACUAUCCUCCCCAUGGUGUUGUUUUUUAACCCAUAGUAUGCAGUUUACAUGGCAGGGUGCAAAUCACCAAUGUAAACUGUAGUGUUACAUAUUGUGAUAUAGUGUUACAAACCUUUCCAUGCUCUUGCCUGAAUACCUUUCCAUCAUCUUCGCUUUCUUGAGGUAGUGCGCCUCAAAUAUGGUCCUGUUCUUAUUUCCUUCUACUUGCUGUUUAUUUUAGUAUUUUAACUACUCAUUUGGGGAACCUAUAAUGCUGUAUGUUUAAAGAGGAAACAAUGGUUAGGUGUAGGGUGUGGACCAUCAAUACGUGUUUUAUGCAUUUGCUAUUUGUUUCUUAUUUUUUAUUGAUCAUGAGUGAAUGAAGGUAAAUGUGUGUAGUUAAUUUCUUUGCUUUAUUUAUAUGAUUUGCAAAUUCUUUGCAUUUGCUUGUUUGUUAAUUUGUUUGUUUGUUUCACGUUUGCACUGGCCUGUAAAACGGUGUCAGCCUACUGUAAGUAUGCAGCAGCAGAGUGAAUGUGGGCCUGCUGCACGUAAGCUGUGCUGCAGUGUGAAGAUGAGCCGUGUUCAGGGCUGGAAGGGCGAUCUGGCAGCCGCUUGUUAGACAUCUUCCAGUGGAGCUUGCAAUAAAGUCCUGCUAUUGUA